AUGUACCUGUUAAGCCUGAAAUUAAGAGGUACCAUGCGAAGGAUCGACACGGAUGGAAUGAAAGGUUGGAAAGAGUCCAACCAUGAUGAAGCCACCUCUCAUGGUACCGAUAACAUCCUAUCAAAGAGUAUAAUUGCCACUAUCAGACAGGAUCUAGAAGUGAGUACGGAUGGGCAAGACGUCGUGGGAAUGAAGGGACCGCCGACGACAUACAAGAGCCAAAAAAAGAUUGAAGGGAAGGAAAGACAUCUUACUGAGAGAAUGUAUGAUGAAUCCGAUUAUAGCGCUAA